AUGAACAACACGACGUCGCCAGCGCUGUGCGAGGACGGGAUCGUGGCCGACGGCACGAACAUCACGAACUGUAGCCAGCUGGAUGUUUACUAUGCCGACUACGCCGAGACGCUAAACGUCGAGCGAAUCGUCGGCAUCGUCGUGCCGACGCUGUUCAGCCUCAUCUUCACCGUCGGCCUCGUCGGCAACGUGCUCGUCAUCAUCGUCGUCUCCUGCACGCCGCAGAUGCGCAACACGACCAACGUGCUCAUCAUCUCGCUCGCCAUCUCCGACCUCAGCUUCAUUCUCGUCUGCGUGCCGUUCACGGCCACCGACUACGCGCUGCCGAUCUGGCCGUUCGGCAACGUCUGGUGCAAGAUCGUGCAGUACAUGAUCAACGUGUGCGCCUACGCGAGCGUCUACACGCUCGUGCUCAUGUCGCUCGACCGCUACCUCGCCGUCGUGCACGCCGUCGCCUCGAUGUCGAUACGAACGACGAAGAAUUCGUGGAUCGCCGUCGGCAUCCUCUGGUUCGUCAUCCUGCUGAUCAACACUCCAAAUCUGUUCAUCAACGAGUGGAAGGAGUACCCGUACCACGGCGAGACACGCAGCACGUGCACGCACAACUUCGUCGACAACUACCACGUCCGUAUCUUCUUCAGCUGCUUCACGGUUCUCGCUUACUUCGUCCCGCUCACCCUCAUAAGCGUCCUCUACGUGCGCAUGCUCGAUCGUCUCUGGCACGGAAUGGCAGGGGGCCGCAUGUCGCGCGAGAGUCUGCAGUCGAAGAAGCGCGUCACGCGCAUGGUCGUCGUCGUCGUCGUCAUCUUCGCGCUCUGCUGGCUGCCGAUACAGAUCAUCUUUGUGAUGACGAAGAUCUUUGAUGUGGGCCACAGCAAGACGCUGCUCGCCUUCCAGAUCGUCGGUCAGUGUCUCGCCUACACCAACAGCUGCGUCAAUCCGAUCCUCUACGCGUUCCUGUCCGACAAUUUCCGAAAGGGCUUCAAGAAGGUUCUCUGCUGCGGACGACAGAACAUGGGCCGGCUCCGCCGCGGCUACACGACGGACUUUGACCGCACCGACACGGCCGGAGCCAUCUCCGCACUGACCACUGUCCGAAACGGCAAGAACGAGAAAUUCGUGAACGACGACGUCGUGUGA